AUGCAACCCCAACUUCCUCCCACGGAGGCCCGCGGUCCCUCUCUAGACUCGACUUCUGCCACCCUCACUUCGCGACCAAAGCCCUCAAACGUUGCUGUCCAGUCGUUCGCUGCCUUCCGCGCGCAGACUUCAUCCAUCCCCGCACCCUCCCCUGUGCGCCGGAAGCCCUUGCCUGCGAAUGCCUCACCAAUAGCCUCUCGAUUCUCCCCGCCGCUGAAAGCGCCACCGCGUCUGGAUACCGUCCUGUCGCCGCCUGCGAGCAGUACCCAAGAGGACUUCUUGCCCAGAGAUCUAGACAGACAUCCACACGGACACACUCCUUUAACAGCGGUCCCUCCCACCGCAUUACCCUUAGCCCAACCUUCGCCGAGCAACCUCAAAUCGGACACUUUACAAAGACCACGGCACGACCGGGCGUUCAGCAGCUAUCAUACGGCACACGGAUCGAUAUCCGAGGGGGAGGAAGGACAGGUCUCGCACUCGCGGUCUCCGACUAUGCCCAAUAUGCCACUAUACACCUCACAAACUCCCGCAGAAAGAGCAGAAACACAGCCAAAUCUCACAUUACAGCUGGACGGCGUCACUUCAGAUUUUCUAGACGACGACCCAUACUCUCCCGGUCCCGAUCCUACGCAACAAUCGAAGCCGAAGUCUCCCGGCGGCACCACCUUUGGCUCAUUCUUCGGCUGGACAAAGUCGGGACAACAGCAAAACGGGGCCACCUCGCCCACAACUACGUUUUCAGACCGCUCGUUAUCUCCAGCACACUCUCCCGCGUUAUCGAGACAUCACAUUGACGCCAAUAACAUGAACAAAGGGGCACCAUCGGCACUUGAUAUUCCAAUGGCCAAUUCCACGUACAAUCCCAACUCGUAUUUUAAUGUUCCUGGUACACCCCUGUUCUCGUCAUCUCCCAGCAUGAACGCCCACGUUGAAGAGCUCGAGCGGGAACUCCGAGAGGUUAGCUCAGAGCUGGCUGCGUCGAUAGCAAGGGAAAUGGAGCUGGAAGAUGAGGUCGAGCGGUACAAGAUAGAUUCGUCUAACAUGACGUCGGAAGUGAACCGAAGAACAAGCGACUACUACUCUGACUCCGGAGCUAGCUCUGUUAGAUAUCCCAUAGGAGACAGUGAGAGCAAACUGGAAGAGGUGGAAAGGCUACGGAGGAAAGCUGAGCAAGACCGUGCAACACUGAAGGUGUCAAUGUCGGAGCGGCUUUCUGAUGAGCUUCGGAGACGUAGGGAUCUGGAAGAGCAAGUGCAAACUCUCGAAGAAAAAGUCCAUAAAGGAGGCUCGCGAGGGCCUUCUAUCGAUGAGAGUGGACGGGUAAGGGAGCUAGAAAGCUCCCUAGAAGAAGCUCGGAGAAGACUUGCUGAAGAAAGACAGGUGAAAGAGAACUUCGAAGAUUUAUUGACCGCACUCCGUCAAGAGCUCGAGCAGCAUCGAAACGAGAGAGACAACCUACGAGACGAGAUUGUGCCGCAAUUGAAGGCCCGAGUAGAGGGACUAGAGGCAGAAUCAUCCGAAGUCCAAACUCUUAUAUAUGAGAGCACUCGUAUGCAGCAAGAGAUCCAAUCGCUAAGGAAUGAAAACCAGACGCUUGUAAAUGCCCGAAGGAUGCAACUAGAGCUCGCACAGCAACAGCAACAGCAAAACCGCUUCAAGGCCAUCGCCGAGGAAGCCGAGCCAACUACACCGGCAGUGACACCCCGGAUAGGGCUGUCAAGAUCGAACUCGCUUGCUCGCAGUUCGGCUUUCAAUUCUAAGCGAGGCUCUCUCUCUCGAUCCAACUCGGUCAAGGACAGACCCGCGGAAGCAAAGCGAGACUCAACCCAGAAUCCCCUAAAAGAGAUUGAGGAGCAAAGAGACGCCCUGCAUCGCGCCUUGAAGAGUCUUCUGCACCGACAGGAAUAUCAAGCUAAGGAAUACGAGAAACGGAUCAAGGCACUUGAGAUGGAAAGAGACAGCGCAAUGAGCGUCACCCCACGCCGCACUGCAUUCCACGCAGAGGUCAAGCAUUUGAGGGAUGAAGUUAACCACCUUCGACGUCGUGCUGAUGAUGCUCUCGAGCAGAAGUGGCAAUGUGAGAAGGGCCUGGGUGGUCUGAGAAUGGAUCUCGACCGUGCCCAGCAGGAAACCAGCUCUCUUCGCGACCUUCUCUCCGAGCAUGAUAUCUUCGUCCCAGAGAGGAAGGGCUCCAUUACAUCCGUUCGUUCAGAUGAUGCUGUUCCUGACUCUUUAGACAAGGCUUACAACGAGCUUCAAACAACACAUGCGUUGUCUCUUGCUCGAAUUAAAGACAUGGAAUCGGAAGAUAGCCUAGGGCUUGCCGGCGAGGAAGCUGAACGGACGAUGGCUUUACUGAAGCAAAGCAUAUCCGACGCGGAGGCCGAAAGAGAUAUCGCUCAAAAAGAAGCCAAGGAGUACCGGCUGAAAGCCCGAGCUUUGCAAAAGUCGGAAAUCGAACAUCUAGGAAAGGAACAAAGCUUGUCUUCCGAGCUUUACGCUGCCGCCACUCGUAUGGACGAGCUUUCAGCCAAGGUUCAGGCGCAGCUUCAAUCGAACAAAGCUCUUCGCAAGCGCUUAGCUGACGCAAUAUCUCGAGGCGAGCUCGAACAGGCAAAGUCUACAUCGACGAUUGUGGAGCUUGAGCGCAAGCUUAAAGCAGCCGAGGAAAAGGUCAUGAGCGCCCAACAGUCGUCGGAAGAGUCAAUCGCGAAGCAUGAGGAAGAAGUAAAGUCUUUGAAAGAGAGCCAAGGCGAGCAGCUACGACGAGCCAAGUCUGGCUUACUGAGCCCAGCUAGAUUCUCGCCGACUGCUCCCGUGUCGCCUAUGUUCGCACUUCGAUCGCCAAAGCUAGAUAAGACAACGAGUGGGCUCGGCAUGACAAUGGCAGAGGCCACGAAGACCCAGCUUCUAGAGACACGUGUUCAAGAUCUCGAGAAGGCGCUCUCUGACGCCGAUCGAGAGAUGGAAGAAGUAGUUGGCAGGAUGAACAUGGCGCAGAUUGAGGUGGCAGAGCUGCAAUUUGAAAGGUUAGUUCCUUCGGUUCUGACCCUAUUUAACGCAGCACUCGUACUAACGGCAUAUAACCACAGGGAUGAAGCCAUGCGACAAACGAGAAACUUGCAAGCCGCGAUCCUUGCGGAGCGUGAAAAAGUCAAGGCUCUUAUGUAGUAAUCAUCUGCACCAUAUUUAUUUUGAGCAUCUCUCCACGCACCACAUGGACCGACACGAAGCUUUCUUACAUUCUGCCUGAGAUGCCUUUAG